CCUGUCAGACAGAGCACAGGGCAAAGGCUAGCGUCCGACAUCCGUACUUCCGCUCUAGCCGUGGUUUUGAUAACAGCAUCCGUUAGCUCGGUCAUUUAAAACCGAUAGGUGAUUUUUCGCCUAUUAGAAAGUCACACUUUUCUGAUUUUUACUUCAGCAUUUUCCGUUUAAAACUUAUUGAAACUUUAAUGUAGAAAAUGUGAGUUUCGUGCAAGUUCCGCAAUUUAACUAGCUUUAGCUGCUAGCUUGUGUAGCCUGCCUCCCCGUCGUCUUCACAGAGUGUUAACGUCGAGCUGCUGUGCUUCAGUCUUAUGGCUCUGAUCCAAACGCCGAGAAGAACUGGUUAGCGUUGACACCGACUCGAUAGUUUGGAUUCAUUGACUGUUUCAGCUGUCAGGGGAGCUUCCUCCGUUGGUUCUACUCAGGCCAAGCUCCGCCUUCUCCCUGAGGCCGUUUUGAGCCACCAUGCUCACCUAGAGCCAGCCAGUGGGCCUGUGUCUUGCAACUAGAAUCCUCAGUGACCAUGUCCGAGAACCAAGCCAAUAACGUCCCUCUGAACAACAACAUUGGACCCAACAGGAUUCGAAACCCCAACAUCAACCAGAACCCCCUCAUCAAUGUCCGCGACCGCCUCUUCCACGCGCUGUUUUUCAAGAUGGCCGUUACCUAUGCCCGUCUCUUCCCUCCCUCUUUCAGGAGAGUUUUUGAGUUUUUUGUCCUCCUCAAGGCUCUCUUUGUCCUCUUCAUCCUGGCCUACAUCCACAUUGCCUUCUCUCGCUCACCGAUCAACUGUCUGGAGGCUGUGAGGGAGCGCUGGCCUCGCGAUGGCAUUCUGCGCGUGGAGAUCCAGCGAAACUCCAGCCGGGCCCCCGUCUUUCUGCAGAACCACGAUUCCACUGGUCUUCAAGAAGAGCUGGAGGCGCAGGAAGAAGCCGGAGGAGCAGUGGCGCAGCUCAGCCUGGCAGCUUUGAAGGAGGAGGAGGAGGAGGAUGAAGAGGAGAUGACUCUAGAGAUGUUUGACAACAGUUCGGUACAGUUUAAACUGGACAUCGAGCCUCGCCUGAAACCGUCGCUGACAGAAGGAGGAGCAGCAGGAGGUGCCAACGACAGCCAGGAUGUCUCCUUCAGCCAGACCUCUAAAGGUAUGCAGCCACUGCAGGAUUCAGUGUCUGAGCUGGAGAUGAUGACUCGAGCAGUGUGGCCUCAAGAGGAGUAUAUCGUAGAGUAUUCUCUGGAGUACGGCUUCCUGCGCCUUUCUCAGAGCACCAGACAGAGGUUGAACAUCCCCGUCAUGGUUGUCACUCUGGAUCCCAUAAAGGACGAGUGUUUUGGAGAUGGCUUCAGUCGCUUCCUGCUCGAUGAGUUUCUGGGCUACGAUGACAUUCUGAUGUCCAGUGUCAAAGCACUCGCUGAGAAUGAGGAAAACAAAGGUUUCCUGAGGAAUGUGGUGUCUGGAGAACAUUACCGCUUUGUCAGCAUGUGGAUGGCCAGAACCUCCUACCUGGCUGCUUUUGUCAUCAUGGUCAUAUUCACUCUAUCAGUCUCCAUGCUGCUCAGAUACUCUCAUCAUCAGAUCUUCGUCUUCAUCGUUGACCUCUUGCAGAUGCUGGAGAUGAACAUGACGAUUGCGUUCCCAGCAGCCCCUCUGCUGACUGUGAUCCUCGCGCUUGUUGGCAUGGAGGCCAUCAUGUCCGAGUUCUUCAAUGACACCACCACAGCCUUCUACAUCAUUCUCAUUGUUUGGCUUGCCGAUCAGUACGAUGCCAUUUGCUGCCACACCAACACCAGCAAGCGCCACUGGCUCAGGUUUUUCUACCUGUACCACUUCGCCUUCUACGCCUACCACUACCGCUUUAACGGCCAGUACAGCAGUCUUGCCCUGGUCACCUCUUGGCUCUUCAUCCAGCACUCAAUGAUCUACUUCUUCCACCAUUAUGAGCUUCCUGCCAUCAUGCAGCAGAUCCGGAUCCAGGAAAUGCUGUUGCAGAACCAGCAGGCGGGUCAGAACCAAACUGCUCUGCAGGACAACCUCAACAACAACAACAGAGCUGCUGCAGAGGGGGAUCCGGGGCCCGUCAACACCCCCCAGCCAGGAGCGGCCGACGCCGAUCAGACCGCGGGUCCCCGUCCUGACCCCGACCUCUCCCCCUCCACCUCAGUCACAGCAGCAAGCUCUGGGGAAGUUCGGUCCGAGUUGAACUGGGUCGCCCAAACCGCCGCCAUCAUCACGGAAGCUCUGUCAUCCUCGGUGGAGUCUGGAGGAGUGUCUGCAAGUCCAGGCACAGCAGAGGCUGAGGUCAGCGUGGUGGCAGAGUUCUGGAUGGGAGAAGCAGCAGCAGCAGCAGCAGCAGGAGGAGGAGGAGGAGCGGAAGAUCCAAACAUAGUUUCCAUAGGAAUCGAAUCUAAAACAGAAGCUGCUGCAGCUGGAGGCCUGCAGGGGACUCCCCCUCCAGAGACGGUGCCAUCAGGCCCGCUCCACUCUGACACAGACGCAGGAACUGACUGCAGCUGCAAAGCAGCCGAGCAGCAGAGCUCGUCACACAGCCCUUCCUGAGGAGCUGCCGCUGCUCUCCUGGAUGCUGCGGUGCCUCGGUUUGUCAGCUGAUGGCGCUGGUUGACGUUUCAUGUUGCACAAGAGACCACGCCUGCCACUGCAAACCGGAACAGCCAGAACUGCCUUCAAGUUAGAGUUUUAGACCAAAACGGAAUAAAUUAGUCGAGUACUCCCCACCCCGAAAUCAGCGCAGAAACUUUGGACACGACGGGCUGAGAACUGGACCGGUUUCUGUUCUUUCAUUUGGUUUUCCCUCAAAACGGAGGUGAGACCGCAGCUCAGUCCCAGAAGAUGACUUAUAAACUUUCCAAUGAAACCAGAAAUGUUGCGUCUUUUCCCAACAGAAGGUUAACUCCUGACGGAGGGAUCGAUCUGCUCUUCGAGUUCGGUAGAGACGACUCAGCAGCACACCAGUGACAUUUUCUUGAAUGUUUUUCUUGAUCAGAUGCUGUUCAUCUUAUGUAUAUUUAAUAAGUAGUAGAGGAAACUUUCCAGAGUGUUUGCUGUUUUUUGGCUUCACAUGACAACGAUCUGUAGUUAUCUAACCUCUAAGGCUGCAAAACAGUUUGUUGGCUGUAGUUUAAUCUGAAACUGGACAGCAGAUUAAACAUCCAAACUUCUCUAGAAAGCACUAAAACUUGGCUCGAAAGAUGAGAAUAAAGGCUCCAGAACCAUUUGUGAAAGGAGAACUUGCUGCUGAUGGGGAUUUUAAGGCGGUCGUUCGCUGAGUAAAGGUUAUUAUUUGUGCCAUAAAUAAUCUGGUGUCGAUUCAGGUCUUCUCUCUGAAAGGUGACGUGCUUGUGACUAUGGCGUUGUCAUCGGUCACGCCAAACUGAAGCUGAGGUGAAUAUAAAAUUCACUUUUAGAAAAAAGACUGGAUGUGUUAACUUAGUAGACACAAGCACAAACCUUCUCAAACAGGUCUGUGGACUGCUAGAUUGGUGUCAUAUCUGGAUGUUCUGGAAAAUGGGGAUUUGGAGAGAAACACUGCAUUUGGUGCAUCUAAAAAUGUAAUAAAAAAUACACCAGAGGACUCAUCACCCAGAGAUGAAGAAUGUGCAUCAUCUGAGCUCUGAAGAGGCUUUGAUGUGUGAUUACAUCUGUCAGACUCACCUCCAAAUAAAUCACUGCUCCUG